AUGGCUGCUUCUAGAAAACUUCAAGGUGAAAUUGAUCGGUGCCUUAAGAAAGUUACCGAAGGUGUAGAAACUUUUGAGGAUAUUUGGCAAAAAGUUCAUAAUGCCACAAAUAGUAAUCAAAAAGAAAAGUAUGAGGCUGACCUCAAAAAGGAAAUUAAGAAAUUGCAAAGGUUACGGGAUCAAAUCAAAAGCUGGAUUGCGUCCGCCGAAAUUAAGGAUAAAAGUGCAUUACUUGAUUAUCGCAAACUUAUAGAAACACAAAUGGAAAGGUUUAAAGUAGUCGAACGAGAAACAAAGACUAAAGCUUAUUCUAAGGAAGGGUUGGGUGCUGCCCAAAAACUAGAUCCCGCUCAAAAAGAGAGAGAAGAAAUAAGUGCAUGGUUAACACAAUCAAUUGAGUCGCUCAAUAUUCAAAUUGAUCAAUAUGAAUGUGAAAUGGAGUCAUUACUUGUUGGAAAAAAAAAAAGAUUGGACAAAGAUAAGCAAGAAAAAUUAGAUGAAUUAAAAGCAAGAGUGGAACGACAUAGGUUUCAUAUACGAAAAUUAGAGACUGUUUUAAGAAUGUUAGAUAAUAUGUCAGUGGAAGUAAAAAAGAUUCGAACGAUAAAAGAUGAUGUAGAAUAUUAUAUUGAAGCAUCACAUGAAGAAGAUUUUAUGCAUAACGAUGACUUGUAUGAUGAUAUUAUAGGGUUAGCUGAACUUGAAUUAGGGGUGGCUGCAAACAAUUCGGCUGAAGCUAAUGGAACACCUACUAGCCAGACUGCAAGUGUAACUGGUUCAUGCCCAGCAUCUCCUGCUCCAAUGACGCAAAAUCAUUCCAUCGAAGAGCCUAUUACUGUAGCUAUAAUUACAACAUCCACACCAGUGUCAACAACUACUGUCACUUCAAUAAGUGAAUCAAUUUUAACGAUCUCUACAGUAUCUACAGUUGUAACUACUACUACUGCUGCUUCUAUUGUAGCAGCACCAGUAAGAAAAAAAAAAGAGGAAACUACUAAAAAUACAAUCAAACCAAUGCCCAUUAAAGCAACUUCAUCAAGUAGUGCUAAUACUACUGUUAACAGUAAAGGUCCUACAAUAGCUGCUGUUGUUAAAUCAUCAGUUAAUAAUCAUACCACUACAACAUCUAGUGUGUCUACUGUAGCUCAGUCUAUAACUACUCAAACUAGUACGACUACAGUAGGUAAUUUCGCAACUGUAGCAGCUUCAAAUCUUCAUAAUAAACAUACACAAGCACAAUCUGUUGAAAGUACAUCGGUUGUUACCUCAAUUACAACUUCUCCAUCAUCUUGUCAUACAACCAAUGUUUCAACCACACAAGUAAAUGUUAUUAAUUCUGACAGUGUUGUUAAUUGUGUUUCUACUACACCUUCAUCAAUAAGUUCUACAACUUCACCUGUACUAGUUGAUUCUCACACAGCUCUAUCAUCACUCAAGACUAUGGCACAAAAAGCAAUUGAUCAAGCUGGAAUUGAUAUAUCACAACAGUCUACUGAAACUAAAAGUAUGAAUUCAAGUGUAAUACAAAAUUCAAGUAAUCACCUAAGCAUGCAACAACAGCAACAACCACAACAGCCACCAGUUUCAUUUGAAGCUAAUAUUUCUCCUUUAUUAGGAGUGGCUCCAUUGGGUCCAGUUCCACUUUCUAAAGACCAUCAAUUUCAAUUUACAAUGCUUGAAUCAGCAUUUCUUCAUUUACCUCAUCCAUCAGAUUCAGAACGAAUAAAAUUAUAUUUACCUCGAAAUCCAUGUUCAACACCUCAUUAUUAUAAUCAAGGACCUCUUCCUCAUUCCGAUAGUUUAGAAUUUUUCCAGAGGCUUUCAACAGAAACUCUUUUCUUUAUAUUCUAUUAUAUGGAGGGGUCUAAAGCCCAAUAUUUAGCGGCUAAGGCAUUGAAGAAACAAAGUUGGAGAUUCCAUACAAAAUAUAUGAUGUGGUUUCAGAGACACGAAGAACCCAAAUUAAUAAAUGAAGAAUAUGAACAGGGCACAUACAUUUAUUUUGAUUAUGAGAAGUGGGGUCAACGGAAAAAAGAAGGUUUUACAUUCGAAUAUAAAUAUCUGGAAGACAGAGAAUUAAAUUAAAAAUUGUUUUUUUUCACAUAGUCCUACACUAAAAAAAAAAAAAUUGUAUAGAAUAUAAUCCGUGGAUAAAUAAGGAUUAUUUAUAACCUUAAAACUUGUGAUAUUAUGUGAACAUUUGGAGAAAAGAAAUUUGGAGUAUACUAAUUUUUUUUAAA